GGCAAGCGGCCAAAAUAUGGCAUGAAAUUUUUGAUAGCAAAGUCCAUCAGAAGGUGACAAAGGAGGUGGACAACAGAGCCAAAUAAAUCAUAAAAGAGCAGCAUUCAGUAGAAAUUCUCCAACCUCCAAGUUUGACACAUAAAACCGGUUCAUCAAGCUCCUCCAGCUUUCCCGUUCUCGAAACAUCGUCUCACCGCCACCUUACAAUGUCUGAAGCCCAAGUCGCCCAAGUCGCUCAGGACGGCGCGCCUCCGGUUACGCAGGACAAGGAAGAGACUGGCUUCAAGGUCUUUGCCGGCAAUCUUGCGUAUGCUACCACGGAUGAAGGGCUGAAGGCGUUCUUUGCGCCUGUCCAGAGCGACGUUCUUUCCGCGCAAGUAAUCCUGCGUGGUACACGUUCUGCAGGCUAUGGUUUCGUUGCUUUGGCUACCGAAGAGGCCGCCAACAAGGCAGUCGAAGCUCUUGACAAGAAAGAGCUCGAUGGUCGUCAAGUAAUCAUCGAAAUUGCCAAACCUUCUGAGCAAAAGGACAAGGAAAGGAAGGAGAGAAAGGCCAAGAGGAGACCCGGCAGGCGUGGCAGCAAGGCUGUUCCCGGGGAAGUCACAGAGGCCGAGGCCAAUGGUGAGGUCACUGUUGUCGCAGAACCUGCCGCAGCGGGCACCGAAGAGGCCGCUAAACCCAAGAAGAAGAAGAAAAGCGCGCGCAAGAAUAAAGCAAAAGCUGCUGCCGAGGGUGACGUCGAGGCUCCGGCCCCGGCUGUGGAGGGGGAGGCGGCUACGGAAGCUGUUCCCAAGAAGAAAGCCCGUAAGCCCAGGGCCCCUCGUGCUCCCCGCCCUGCAGGCGAGGACCCUGUCGGUGAGCCAUCCGGGAACAUGCUGUUCGUUGCCAACCUCGGUUUCAAUAUCGACGACGACGGUCUCAAGGGUCUUUUCACCGAAGCCGGCAUCAAUGUCGUUAGCGCGCGCAUUGUUCGUCGCCGGUGGGGCCAACCAAGGCGCAGCAAAGGUUACGGUUUCGUGGACGUUGGCGGCGAGGAAGAGCAGAAGAAGGCUAUUGCUGCUUUGGAAGGAAAAGAGGUCGGUGGCAGAAACAUCGCUGUCAAGAUUGCUGUCAACACUCCCCACGACGACGUGCAUGAAAGCGAUGCUGCUGAAGGCGCUGCCGUUCCUGCCAUCAUCGCCGAUGCUCCUGCUGCAACGACCUCUGAGGUUUAACUCAUGGAUUACGAUAACAACGCCCUGAUCGCUGCUAACUUUGCUCAUCACCCCAUGCCAUGCCUCCAUCAUUCACGCUGCUACCUGCUUCUACGAGCCGUGAAUUGCACCUGUUGAUACUUAAAUUUGUUCCCAGCUCGUAUCGUUAGCUACUAUUUCUCUCAAGUAGUCAAGGCCAUUCAUGGCCCUGGUGCUGUUCUUUACUUUACUGUAAACCCCAUAUGUGCCGUUUUCCUGUUCAAUAACGACACCGUUCAUGAAUUUUUUUCUUUUUUUUUUUAUUCGCUCAAUAAAAGAGUUGUGGAUUUGGACUCUUUCUCAAACGAUCAAAAUUUUUGACGUGACAUCAUAAUGCCACUCUAUCACCUUCA